AUUUAAUGUAAACACAAAAUUCAUUUGAUAUUGCUCCUGCAGAAACAAUGCUGUUAAAGGAUUUCUAAUAAAAAAAAUAGGUUCGCUUUAGGUAAGCUUUGGUGGCUGGUUUAAUUCUUGCUGCUAUUUUGAGUCUAACCAUUAUUUUUACACCUUAAGGUUAGAGUGUUCCAUCUUACACAUUGAAUUAGAGAAGUUCUUAUUAUUCCUAAGAUUAAUUAUGUGUAUACUAAGUAUCUACGGGUUAAAAUAAUUGCACUUUAAUUACCACAAAUACAACUACUGUCACUAUAGAUGCAAAUGAAUAAAAUUCCACCCACUUAAUAAUUUUAGAUGGAUUAUAGGUGAGUUAAAAUAUAACCUAUUCUAAUGGUACAAGUUUCUAAGAUAAUUUAUUUGAUGCCAAUUUGAAUAUCUCUCAAGAGUUAUCAAGAAACCUUAGAAUCCUUAAAGAUUAGGCUGAUGGAUGUUAUGGUCCUUGUUAUGACGAGAUUCCAAUGGUUAAAUAUGUAACUGAUAAUUCAAAUGGUUAAGUAAUUGAUAUUGUUGUACCAUCUUUAUUAAAUGGUUUAAUGUUAUAAACAUUGAUCGCAACUAUCUAACAUUUAGGCCCAAAUGUUUAGGAAACUCAAAUUCAUAAAGAUUAAAUUUUAAAUCCAUAUAUUAUUGGAAAAUAUUAAUUCAUUUCUAAAAGAAACAUAGAAUAGAGCUGGUUUGGAAAUACCAAGGUUACAAAAUAAGUUACACAUGAGGACUGUUUAAAUGAUAAUUUUUUAAUUGGAGAUUAGUUUUCUUAAAACUAAACAACAUCUUUGAAUAGAUAAAAGAAAAUUAUUUCCUCUACAAUUUCAGUGUAAAUUGUUAUGGAUCACUCUGUUAAACCUGAAGGUGCUGAUGUAGAAUAUUCUUAUAAGACUAUAGUUACUGAUGAGUCAAGCUUGAUUUUAAGAAACUCAAAAAUUGAUUUAGAAUAUACAGACCUUUUGAAUGACAUUCAAUUAAAACAAAAUAUCUAAAGCUAUUCUUUGGAAUCUAUAUAGGAAAGACUUAUUAAAAAAAAUUAAAAGAGAAGUUUAAAUAUGUAUGAGAUGAAAUUAAAAGCAGAAUAGCACAGAUUACUUUUAUCUGAAAGUCUUCCAAAUACUUCCUUGAGUUGUCCUUCAAAUGGAUUAAUUGAUUUUUAAAAGACAGUUUUAACAUUUACAGUUAAAGGAACUAAAUUAGAAUUAGAUUUAGCACUUAAAGGUACAGCAGGAAAUGGAAUUGCUGACUUAAACAUUAAAUUCUGUGUUGCUAUGGAAGGAAUGUGUUUAUUCGAAAUUAUCAAUUCAAAUCUAAAUUACACAGGAUAACCAUUUAGAGAUAUUGAACUUGAUGGAAUGUAAAAUAUUUCCCUUUUCUAAACUGAAUUAGUUGUAUAAGGAUUUACUAUAGGUGUUGGGGCUGAUUUUAGUUACGGAUUUCUUGUUUAAUAAAAUGUUGAAUAAAAUACAACCAUCUUUUCAGUUGCAGAUACCUUCAUAGUUCCUGUAUUGUUGACAGUCUAUGGAGAAUCUUCAAUUCCAGAUUUAGUGGCUGUUCGAACAGCUGUAGUCGCUGAUAUAUUCACAGGGAAUGUGACAAGCAAUGUUGCUUUUGGUUAUGAUGAAAAGAUCCAAUCUAUUAAUUCAAACCAAUACACAUUGAACUUAAACUUAGAUAUGGAAGAAUUCAGAGCUAUUGUAAUAGCAUAAUAUCAACAUAGUGAGUUAUCAACAAAGGAAAAAUGUAAAAGACAUUUUGGAUUCUUUAAGGUUUGUUACCCAAUUCCUGUUGCAGGUCUAUUGGGAGAUUGGUAAAACCUUUAUUAUAAUAAUUGGGGUUUCCCAGUCCUAGUUUAGAACUAUACUUUGUAUGGUAUCUAAUCAGACUGCUUCAUGAAAAAUGAAUGAAUCAUAAAAUAACAAU